GCGGAAGUGGACUCACGUUCCCUGGGCCUGCAGGGAAUUGUAGUUCUCCUUGAAAGUCUCCGCCCACUUUUUGCCUAAAAGGCAGGAAAUGCGGCGUCAAGAAGUUGGCCUUUCGAGAAAGGAGGCGAAGUUUUCGAGAAAAGACGAGCGACUUCGGCAAGGGGCGGGGCUGCCAGACGUGGACGAAGGGGCCCAGAGCCAUCGUGGACCAAUCAAACUUCUGGGGCGGGCCCUCUGUGGGAAAGUAGGCGUGGCCUAAGGGGGAAAUCGCUGGGAACGCACCGGAGGUCCUUGCCCGGGAAAACGCCCUCUGCGGUGGAGGAGAGACGACGCGGCCAUGCCUCCCUCUGGAUCUCGUGGAGCCCUGCUCCUGCCACCGCUCCUGCUCCUGCUGCUGCUGCUGCUGCGCUCUGUGCUGGCCGUACCCCUGGAGCGGGGGGUGCCCAACAGGGAGGAGAGUCCUGCGACCGAGAGCCCCGACACAGGCCUGUACUACCACCGGUACCUCCAGGAGGUCAUCAACGUGCUGGAGACGGACGGGCACUUCCGGGAGAAGCUGCAGGCCGCCAACGCCGAGGACAUUAAGAGCGGGAAGUUGAGCCGAGAGCUGGACUUCGUCAGCCACCAUGUCCGCACCAAGCUGGACGAGCUCAAGCGACAAGAGGUGUCGCGGUUGCGGAUGCUGCUCAAGGCCAAAAUGGACGCCGAGCAGGAGCCCAAUGUGCAGGUGGAUCACCUGAAUCUCCUGAAACAGUUUGAACACCUGGACCCUCAGAAUCAGCACACAUUCGAGGCCCGAGACCUGGAGCUGCUGAUCCAGACGGCCACCCGGGACCUCGCCCAGUAUGACGCAGCCCAUCACGAAGAGUUCAAACGCUACGAGAUGCUCAAGGAACAUGAGAGACGACGUUACCUGGAGUCACUGGGAGAGGAGCAGCGAAAGGAGGCAGAGAGGAAGCUGGAAGAGCAACAGCGCCGGCACCGAGAGCACCCUAAAGUCAACGUGCCUGGCAGCCAAGCCCAGUUGAAGGAGGUGUGGGAGGAGCUAGAUGGAUUGGACCCCAACAGGUUUAACCCCAAGACCUUCUUCAUACUGCAUGAUAUCAACAGUGACGGCGUCCUGGACGAGCAGGAGCUAGAGGCCCUCUUCACCAAGGAGCUGGAGAAGGUGUACGACCCCAAGAAUGAGGAGGACGACAUGCGGGAGAUGGAGGAGGAGCGGCUGCGCAUGCGCGAGCACGUGAUGAAGAAUGUGGACACCAACCAGGACCGCCUCGUGACCCUCGAGGAAUUCCUCGCGUCCACUCAGAGGAAGGAGUUUGGGGACGCUGGCGAGGGCUGGGAGACCGUGGAGAUGCACCCUGCCUACACCGAGGAGGAGCUGCGGCGUUUCGAGGAGGAGCUGGCUGCCCGGGAGGCCGAGCUGAACGCCAAGGCCCAGCGCCUCAGCCAGGAGACAGAGGCUCUAGGGCGCUCCCAGGGCCGCCUGGAGGCCCAGAAGAGAGAGCUGCAGCAGGCUGUUCUGCACAUGGAGCAGAGGAAACAACAGCAGCAGGGCCCGAAUGCCCCCGCCUCCAACCCUGAGGGACAGCUCAAGUUCCACCCAGACACAGACGAUGCGCCUGUCCCAGCUCCAGCAGGUGACCAGAAGGAUGUGGAUGCCUCAGAAAAGAAGGUUCCUGAACAGCAGCCCCCUGUGGUGCCGCAGCUGGAUUCCCAGCAACUGUGACCCUUCAGGGACCCCCAGCCCUCCAGGUUCCUACCCAGGCAGCUGAUGGGAGCCGAAUGAAGUGUCACAAUCAGCCUUUCCUGGGGCCAGCAACAUUUGUGGCCUCCUGUGGGCAGGGGGACAGGGUAGCAUUUGACACAUUGCUGCCAGGCCCCGUAUCUGCCUGUCUCAGCUUUCAUAGCCUCCAGGUCUGUGGUCAGUUCCUUCUGCCCCCUCCCAGGGGCCUGCCCUCUCUUGCAUUUGAAUCAGCUUAAUUUAGGGAAGCUCCCUCGCUCCCUCCCGAGAGGAUCCUGCCUUCCUAGCCGGCUGGGCCUCAGCUGCCCAGGUCUCAGCCACUCCAGCUGUCUGUAUCCUCACAGUGGCUGGAACCCUGCCUGCUGCUCUGGGCCCAGCUUCUGUUGAUUUAUGGGAUUUGGGAUGGUCCCUUGAGACCUUCUGCUACCUUUUGCAAGACCAGCAAUGCCUCAAAGACAGUGUCUUCUGCACAGCUGGUGCUGAGGGCCAGGGCAUCGUCAGCGUAGCUGUCACCUCCCACUCCAGGAGCCUGGGUCUCCCUGAGCCCCUGGCUUCCCAGCACCUCGUCACCAGCUCCUCCCUGACCUCUUGGUCCCCAGCUCCCUCCCCUUGCAGAAGGGUCCCAGAGCUGACCCUGCUACCCAGGACUAGGUCCCGGCCCUCAGCUUCAUGUGGGAGGCCCUGAAGGGUGGCCUCGCCACCUUUCUAGCCUCAUCUCACACUGCUCCAUGUCCUGCUCUGUGCUCUGGUUCCAUCUGAAUACACUUUCUGGA